AUGGUGUCCAUCACAGACCUGUUACCCGAAGCAAAGGGCAUUCUGCCCUACUAUAUGCUCCUUCUCUCUCUGAUCUCAAUCGGCAACUCGGCCCAGAACCUCAUGACGCUACACUACUCGCGCCGCCUUUAUGACGGCAAAUACGUCCGUAACCCCAAGCUGCCCGCCCGGUCCGACAAGUUCAACCCGGAGGACUCGGUGAACAAGUUCGUCCCCGCCCCCGCCGGCGCGACCGACAUCGUCGACCAGGCGACGCCCCUUGCUGCCCGCUGCUUCGGCACCUGGACCUUCAUCACAAGCAUCGUUCGUCUCUACGCCGCCUACCACCUGCGCCACGCCCACAUGUACGACCUGGCCAUCUGGACCUACGUUGUUGCACUAGGCCACUUUGCCAGCGAGUUAUUCGUUUUCAAGAGCAUGUCCUUCGGCCUGCCGCAGUUCUUCCCCUUCGCCUUCGCCACUACGGCUCUGGUCUGGAUGCCGUUGGUCCGCGACUUCUACAUCGAGAGCGCAUAA